UGAGAUCCUCCCUCGAAGGCGUCGUCGUCGGGGCAGAACGUCGUCAUCUCUGGCCCUUCAACCGCCCUAUUAGAGGCCUUGGACUUAUUCAACCUCCCUAUUUGAGGACUUGGACUAUGAAUUUGUAAGAUAUAUGAUUAAUGAAGGAGGAUAUAGAAACUAGAAAAUGAAUAGAUUAGGACAACUCCCGUCAUUAGGGACCUCCGGGAGCAUAAAUGCAACACCUGCCGAUUUCCUCCUUGCCAACUAUGUUUCGGGAAUGCAAAUCAAUGGGCGGAUGUCCACAGUGCGUCGCUUCUUCUGCCUCUUUGUCACCUUCGAUUUGCUUUUUACAUGUCUCUUCUGGAUUAUCUGUAUCUUGAUUAAUGGAGAAAAUCUUGUCAAGGCCCUUGAGGAAGAAGUGGAGCAUUAUAGUAUCAAGACCUCAAUAUUUGAUAUUGUGAUGACAGCUGCAGUCAGGUUUACAGUAUUACUGCUGUUCUAUGCUUUGCUGCACAUCAACCACUGGUGGCUUGUUGCUCUGACAACAGCAGGGAGCUGUGCUUUCCUCAUAGCUAAGACAUUACUCUAUACGUGGCAAACGGAAAACAGCCGUCCAUUUGAAGUGAUGCUAGUCCUAAUAUCAUUUCUUAUUGCCUGGGCUGAAGCUUGGUUUAUUGACUUCAGGGUUUUACCGCAAGAAGCCCGUGCUAGGUCAAUUCUGGAAGCAGCUGCAGGCAGCAGUGAACACAUCGAGAAUGAUCCUCUAUUACCACAGUUGGAACGAGUGAGGGACUACCUCAGUCAUUACACAGAGACUAUUGGUGAUUUCUACUCACCCAUGGAAUCACCUUUAGGGUCUGAUGACGAUGAUGAUGGUUUUACUCGUACGGAUUACAGGAAAUUAUCACCUGAAGAGAAACAAAUGCAAGCCAGUGGUUAUGAAGCCUUGCAGAAAGCUUGGGAGACUGUAAACUCUUCUGGCUGGAAAGUGGAGAAGGAAACUUCACAUGGAGACACAGUGUCCUCCAAAGUGGGACCUAAAGGAUCAAAAAUAUAUAAACUUGUGGGUGUGGUGGAGGUAGACCCAAAGACCUUGUUUAAUGAGAUGCUCUACAACUUUGAAAAUAUUCCGACAUGGAAUAAAGCGAUAACACUAGGUAGAGUUGUACAGACGAUAGAUAGUUGCACAGAUGUGGUGUACCAGGUUGCUGCAGAAGGACCAGGAGGCGUAGUAUCUGCAAGAGAUUUUGUGAAUGUGCGACACUGGAAGAAAAUUGGUGAUUCCUGGGUCUCUGCAAAUAUCUCUGUUGUUCAUAAAGAUGAACCACCACAAAAGAGUAUAGUGAGGGGUGAGAAUGGACCAGGCUGCUGGGUGUUUAGCCCAGUUGGAGGUGCUCCGAAGAAAUGUUCCUUCCAAUGGUUGCUGGACACAGAUCUCAAGGGUUGGAUCCCUCAGUACGUUAUUGACCAGGCUCUUACAUUCGCCAUGACAGACUUCCUGCAAUGCUUACGGAACUAUGCACCACACAUCUCUGCAAGUAAAUCUGAAAGAUAUAGUGCUAGAUAAGUUGUGUCAUUAUUCGGCACUACUGACCAUUAUUUUACUCAUGAUGUCACAUGUCUCAUCAUUGUUAAAGAUGUAGAUAGGUCUUGAUUAUAGGAUUAUCCAUUUGUAGAAAUAACAUUGCUACUUGUUUAUUUGUAUAUUGUCAGUUUUGUUUAAUGUUGUGAUAUGAUUUCCUUUGCAUGAAAGGAAUUGUUGAUUCACUAUACCUCUUAAUGAAGGUUGAUAGGACAUCUCAUGUUGAUGAAUAUAUUAAUGUAAUUAUAAUAAUAACCAAAAGACAAUAUCACAUUGUUGUGAGAUGGUAGUACACAGGUUAAAUGUCCUUGGAAUUCCUUUAUUCCUAAGCUUCUUGUAGUCAGGGCCUGAAAAUUACUUUUUUUUACCAUUAUAAGUAUUAGUUGACAAAAUAUCUGCAUGGAUUAUACAGGAGAACACUUUUUAUGAUUAGUCUCUUAAAACCAGAUCAGUUAGACUUUCAUCUUCAUGAUGCUCAGUGUAUUAUCUCCAGGGACACAAACAUUAUUAGUUGAAGAUGAAUACUCAUAGUUUUAGAUGUAGAAAGCCAACUUUAUUUCUUAUCUUGAGAAAGCUGCUUGUUGGUGAGAAGUCUUUUAUUUACUUGGCUGUGAAGCAGUGUGUGGGGGGUAUUCUGUGACUGAUGCUUAGUCUUAUCUUUACAAGCUGUAUCUUUUAAGAGAAAAUAACCUGUACACAUUGAAAAGUGAUCAUAUUUGGUUGUGUUUAACACCAUUCAAGGAGGUUUAGGAUACCUAUCAGAAUGGAGUUAUUCAGUUGCUAGAUAUUUGGAGAUUUAGGCUAUAGUUAGAGGCUUUUGAAUAUCAAGUGAAAGCCUAGGGAUUACCUAUAGAGGCAAAAACUGGGGAAAAAAUCUACAGUGGUGUUGCCUAUGAUCAUGUCUUUUAUGUUUCAUUACUGUGGAAGUUGUUGAUUGAGACUUUUAUCAAUUGUUUCUGUAGUUUCCAUACAUAUUGAUAUACAAAGUUGUAAGUAAAUUUGCUGGGAAGUGUGAUAGAUUUUAUUUUUCUUAUUCUUUUUUUUUCACUGUGAAUAUAGAUUUUUCUUUUUUAGUCUGAACAUAUGCAUGUAUGAAUGUGUAUUUUGAUAAGCAUUAUUGAGUUGAUAUUAUGAAUAUGAAAUCUUUUAAAGUGCUAAAAUUUAUACCAAUCACUUCCAUUGGAUUUAUUUAAGUGCCUCUAUCUGUGUGAUGUAUAUAAAGCUAAGUAUUAGGCAAUUGAAAAUUGUACAAGUAAACCUGUUGUGCUUAAUCUUCCUGCAUGGAGGAUUCUGGUGAGGAUUCUGUCAGUAUUCUUCUGAAUUGUAAAUAAAUAAAAAAUAUAUUUACAGGUUUCCCUCUUUUUACACUUUCUUUUCAUUUCGAUAUGCUACUGUAGCCCAUUUAAUGCAACAAGAAAAUGCAAUAAGAUUUGAAGUUAAAGACACAGCUGUUUGCUCUUUUUGUUGUGUGUGUGUGUUUGUUCUUCCAGCAUUUAGAUCUCCCUCUCUAUUUGCUAUGGGGGAGAGCUAUACAGUAUGUAAUAACAGCUAGUUUUGCAUGUCGAAAUUUAGUAUGUGUAUGGUUUGAAAAUGGGUACUUUACUCAUAAAUUGACCAUAAUACAAAAAUAAUCCUAUCAACAGAAGUGCCCCAUUAUCAUCAGAGUAGUCAUUGAUCAAUUUGAUUUCACUGGGAUAAACCAGUUUGGUAAGAAAGAAGAGAAUAUAGCUGUUUCUUAAUGUGGUGAUUGUAUUCUGUGUCUGGUCUUUCUUAUCUAUUCAAGGUUUUGUAUAUAUUAAGCUUGCUUGAAGAAAUAGUAAAAGAUAAAAAAUAGAUAAUGAAUUGAUUACGUGGUACUCACAACAGCUAAUCUGCAUGCAUAGAAAAUAACGUUUUGGAAAUCAUAUAAAAUAAUCAGGAAUUAUUCCAAAGGUUAACAUAGACAUUUCAGUCUCAAAAUUUUAUAUUGCUUUAUUGAAAUAAUCAGCCACUACCAUCAUAUAAAUCAGGCAUGUUUAACUAUAUCUAGAAGCCUUAAAUAAUUGUGUGGAUGCGAGCAUUCGAAUACUGUACAGUUGUCCAUCCUGGCAAGUUCUACAGGGGCACUUUAUUAUCUGCAAGAAAUUCUGCUACUAGUCAAAAGAAUGUUUUCAUCUUCACUUUCUUACUAGCUUCAUGCUACACUAUUACUAAAAGACUAUCCAGUUGGAAUGAUGACCCUUCUGGUAAUGGAAGCUAAAGGUGUACAAAUGUCAUGGGCAGUGUAUGAAGUAAGGAACAACGCAGACUUUAUCAAAAUCUUUGGUGAUGUGGCCUAUAGUACUGAUGUGAGACACUAUGGUUUCUGAAAAAAAAGAACCAUCAAGAGUGUUCCGUUAUGUGACAAUUCCUCCAAUCAUCUUCCAGCUGGUGCUAGCAUAUAUUGAUUUUGCUGCUUUUUUUUGUAUGUAUGUAUGUAUGUAUGUAUGUAUGUAUUUCAUGUCACAUAUCUCAUAUGUGAAGUCAUCAGAAAUAAUAUAUAUUGCAUUUUCUUUACUUAGAAAAGUUUUUUUUCUGCAUUUGUGAUUUCUGUGAAAAUGUGGCUGCAGAGUAUUUGAAGAAAACACUGUAUUCAUGUGCGUAAGCUUGCAAGUGUGUGUUUUAAUAUAUUUAAACAAAGGCAGUAUGCUUGUAUUAGUUCCAGAUCUGAUUUGUACAGUGAUGAGAUGCACCAUAAUUUUGUUUGAUGUAAAAGCUUUAAUAGAUAUAAUUGCUUCUCUAUGAAUUCAGAAGGGCUUAAACUAUUCUCUAUGUCUUAUUUAUGCAAAGGUAAAAGCUGAAUGGUAUCUUACAGGCAUUCCAUAUGUGGGUUCAUUGAACACGGAAUAUGAUAGAUCAUUGUCUGAAUAUUAUAUUUCAUAGGUGGAAAUUGUAAUAAUUUAUAUGCAAGAAAAGUCAUGGGUAUAAUCAUUAAAGAAAUCAAUAAAUCACCAUCUUGAUUAGAA